ACUUCUACUUAUACACAAUCACUAGUAGUAUGCUCCCACACUCCAGCUACUAAUACAAUAACUACUAAUAUGGACAUACCACCCACUACCUUGUUGCAGUCUACAUCAUCAUCAUCAUCCUUGACCAGUUACCCCACACAAAUUCAAUCAAUAAACAAUACACUUCACAUCACAAACACACCUUCUCAAUCAUCAAACACUCUCUCUUCAACUCUUCCUGUCACUAGUUCUACUCCAUCAAUCAGUGAUGGUACAGUCAGUCCUCCUCCUCCUAUAGUAUCAACCAUCAGUAGUACAUCAGUUACUGAUAGCUCGACCAGUAAUCCAUCAGUUACAGUAUCUACUGAAGGGACACUUCAAAGCAGUACAGGCAGUAAUACACUAGCAGCAGUACUUAGUACAGUAUUUAUAUUACUGGUAGUUACUAUACUAGUAAUAUUAAUAGUGAGUGUAUUAGUGUGUAGGAGAAGAUUGUAUAAAACAACAAAUGGAAAUGAUAUUUUUAGUUUGGACAAAAGAAAACCUGAUAUAAAUCAACAAUCAGAUGCACUAAGACUGGAUGAAGGACAGAACACAUUAACAGCAUCAACUAAUCCUGCCUAUGGAGUUACUGGUAAAAACUGGAAUACUGAUGUAUCUGCUAAUCCUGCUUAUGGUAUUACUGAAAGUAAGAUAGACUAUUAUUAUCAAUCAAUACAACUAUUAAUAGAAUCUGGUGUAUCUGCUAAUCCUGCCUAUGGUAUUACUGAAAAAUCUGGUAUCUCUGCUAAUCCUGCCUAUGGUAUUCACAACAGAGAAGGAAUAGAAAGUAUUGGUGAAGAAGCAUUAGUAUAUGAUGAACCAAGAACAAUGAUGUUUAAUGAACAAGAGGAUGAGGUAAUAAAGAAUGAAGGAGAUGAACAAGAGGAAGAAGAUGAACUGUACAUCUAACAGAAACAAUAAUAAUAAUGACAUGAUGUCAG